AUGGCAACUGAAGCUUGUGCGACCAUUGUCGAUCUCGCACUGGUUAACCAGGACCCGCUGACCUGCUGUUUUGAUGCGUGUGCAAACUUGAUGAUCACCGCAGCGUCUGCGCGGAUAGUGAAUGCACAUUCUGACCUAUUACCGGUGAAACAACACAUGCAGGCACCGUUUCUCAUUGCUGCCAUGCAGCAAAGAGCUUUUGCAGCUACCCUUGCCGGCGAGAGCAAACAGAACCGACCUUCUGUAGUCACCAGUGUCUCCUGCCCUCGGAGCCACCAACAUGCUGGCGAUACAGGCGCCGAUCCCACACUCUCUUUGCCGUUGUCUCAUGCCUUCUGCGAUGGCUCGAAGACUGCUCAGGCGGCAAUGGACCAAGGACUAGGCUCUGCUGGCGUUCUUGCCCUGGCCAGUGCAGCGUACAGUCUCAUCCCGUACAGUCGGGGUGGUGACCCGCAUGCUUCCUGUGUCGGCAGGCUCUGGACUGAGGUGUUUACCUCGCCAAUGCCAUGUGUGUGCAAGGUGGGUUGUCAAUAUGAUGAUGUUGUCAUCAGAUGUGGGAAGAGGAAGAUGAGUGUUGCUCCAGGCUGUGCCACCUGGAUUGAGGUGUUCACCUCGCCGGUGACGGGCCCAUUGCUGCAGUGUGUAUGGCUAGAUGCUUGUGCAUCCCAGUUAAGGUCCGGAUUUGAGGGUCUCUCCUCGCCGUGGCCACCUCAGGGACGUGUCUUAUGCCGUGCGCCUGCACGGUCAGCUGCCAGUCUGUGCUAUGCCUGGCUGAGGGGGCCCACCUCGCCGUGGCAGCCUGAGCUGCGUGCAAUCAGAGCUUCUGCCGAGCUCCAGCCACUCAUUGCCACCCAGGCCUCGUCGCGUUGUUGCGGUGAGCGUGGCCAGACCGAGGUGAGCGCAAGAUGUGGUGAGAUGACUAGCCCUGCUCUUGACUGGCCAGGUCAGAAGAACUGUCAAUUCCACGUGCUGCUCUUUCAUGCCGGGACCCUGGCCCGAGUCAAAGGCUGCCACAAGCGAUACCUACCUGAUCACUGCCUCCUCCCCAGGGACCCUUUUUAUCAUGAAUGGGCUUCCUGUGUAGUGGUGCGUGCUAUGGGUCAUAGUGCGGCAUCAAAGCGCCGCCAGCGAGCGCGCUUGGGCAAGAGGGAACGACAGGCUGAAACAACGCCAGAUGAUGCAGGACACGAUGGUCCCAAUGCAACUCCUGCCCCAGAGGUAGUGAUCCAUGGAGAAGACAGUUCUGCAGCGACUUCUUCCUUCAUUGCUACUGCGAGUGCUGCCGACCCUGAUGGCUCUUGGUCUGGGGAGGUUACCCUCCCUUCCUCUUCCAGCAGCUCGGGACUCCGAGGCCUUCCACUGGUGCACAUGUCUGCUAGGCGUGACGAAGGCUCCAUGCUGGAUGAAGCUGAGGGUGUAACAGAUGUCGUUGAGGAGACUACGCAUCAGCCCGCUCAUGCUCAGAUGACCCUGGAGGGAACACCGACUGUUUCCGGUACAGCUGUUAGCAGUGGCUCUGCUGGUGGGAGCAUUUGCACAUUGAGUGGGUCGGCUGCAUCGGCGGUUGAGGUGGUCAGUUCCAGUAGUGAUGAAGAGCUACCCACACACGGUCGAAAGCGCGGGCGUCCACCAACUCCGCCUCGUCCGCGACCGCUUGAGGCCUUAGCGCACACUGAUGAGGAGCUCGUCCCGACCGACUAUGCAGGCUACCCUGAGCAAGGCCCUGAUGAGCCGAGAUUGCACUAUCUCAGACGCUGCUUACGAGAAGCCUUGCAAGCAAGCACGCAUCCCUCGACUGACUGGGCGAGGGCGAAAGAGCUGUCUGGUCAAGUGCUACUGUGCGCAUGUCAGUUGAGCCCCAUCGUGCUAUCCUACUACUUUGGCGUCAUUUCUUUAGACGUGGUCACAGCAUCUGGGCUCCCACCAAGGUCUGUCCCGGCAUCUAUGUGCGAAGGCAAUGGCCCUGGCCUGAGUGCAGGGCCGCCCCGUGGAUAA